AUGGACUCCCGGAAGAUCUACUCUGAAGUUAGCGAGCGGUACAGCGCCGCCGCCCGCGGAUCCAACACCGGGUUCGGCGACACCAUCGCAAAGGCCUUUGGAUACUCGGAAGAAGAGCUGGCCGGAAUUCCCAAAGACUCCAACAUGGGUCUGAGUUGUGGAAACCCAUUGGCCAUAGCUACAUUGCGCGACGGAGAGACCGUCGUUGACCUCGGCAGCGGCGCUGGGCUUGAUGUAUUUCUUGCCGCAGGAAAGGUCGGCCCAACUGGCAAGGCCAUUGGCGUCGACAUGAACGAGGACAUGCUUGCCAAGGCGCGCAAGCUCAAGGCUACUUCGGGCAAAGAAAAUGUCGACUUCAUCCACUCUCGCAUCACCAAGGUUGAUCUUCCAUCGAGCUCGGCCGAUUGCAUCAUCUCAAACUGCGUCAUCAACCUUGUCCCGGCCGAGGAGAAGCAGCUCGUUUUCGACGAAAUGUUUCGCAUUCUUAAGCCCGGCGGCAGAGUCGCGGUAUCCGACAUCCUGGCCAAGAAGCCUCUAUCCAAGGAGAUCAAGGAAAACAUUGGCAUGUACGUCGGGUGCGUGGCAGGGGCCAGUCAGGUGGCCGAGUAUGAACAGCAUCUCGAGGCUGCAGGCUUCAAAGAUGUCCUUAUUGCUGGAACGGGCAGCGACUUGAACGUGUACGCUGAGAACUGCGCCGACGGCUGCUGUGCAACAGAGGCCCCUUCAGACGGUGGGGGCUGCUGUUCCCCGAAGAAGAAUGUGCUGGCCGACCUGGCAAGCUUGGACUUGAACCAAUGGGUUGGAUCGUACAAGGUCUACGCCGUGAAGCGCUGA